CGCGUCGCUCUCUUAUUCAGGAAAAAAUGUCCCCACACGCGCCACCCCAAAUCUCCUGACCAGCCAUUGACGAUAAAUGAUAAUACUAGACCUUAACCAAAGCUUAGCCUAUUUUUUUCAUUUUUUGAGGGUUUUAUUCUGUUUCAAUUCCUUAUUAAUACCGGUAAAACAAACAACCGCGUCUUGGAACGGGAAAAUGGCGCAGCAAAGAAUGAUACUGUUACCAGCCUCCACCGACUUAAGGUUUCUGAGAUAUUUUGUUGCACAGUUUGUCGGCAAUACCUAUAUAAACUCAGCUCACUCCCCACCCAGCCGACCAUUUGAUUUAAUUUCAUCUUUUCCGGUUCCAAAUUACUCCAAAUCGCUGCAAUUAGUAAUAGAACAUGAACCCACAUGAUAUUAAAGAAGAGGAAGAAAACCCAGAUUUUCCUUCUUCCACUUGGCCUCCUUCGGAAAUGGUCCCAACUCCGAGUACUUUGCCGUUUACCUCAACUGAAGGUGGGGUUUCAACCCUGCCUCCAAAUACUUGGGCCUUGUCGCCUCCCACUGAAAUUUUCCCUCUACAAAUGAUGGAAUCGUCUUUUCAAAAUAUUGAAGAAACAGCGGCCGCCGGGGGACUCGGGGAGAGUUUUUCCGGGUUGCCUCAGCCGCUGGAAGCGUUGCAGGGGAACCCAAUACCCCCUUUUCUUUCCAAGACUUAUGACCUUGUGGAUGACCCGGCUUUGGACUCCAUAAUCUCAUGGGGAGAUAAAGGCCAGAGCUUUGUGGUUUGGGACCCGGUGGAGUUCGCCAGAGCAAUUCUGCCAAGGAACUUCAAGCACAACAAUUUCUCCAGCUUUGUUCGCCAACUGAAUACAUAUGUGGGUAUCAUCUGUUGUUCUUAAGUAAUUAGUAUGCAGGCAUAUUGAUAGACUCCGCUUUCUUUCUGUUUUCGUUUAUUUUGUGUUUUCUUCUUUCAUGUAAUAUUUUUUUUGUUAUCCAUGUAACUCUUGUUCUUGUAAUUCUCUGUCGUCUGUAAAUUUGUAAUGAUGGUUUCGGGUAAAAAUCCUGUAAGUCUGUAACUAUUAUAACCUUCUUCAGAAAGAAGUUUGUAAAUUGUAAUGACUCUGGAUGUAAAGUAAGAGAAUUGUUUUAAAUUGUAAUGAAGACUCUGCGUUUGUAAAUCCAUUCAUCUGUGCUGGUUCUUAAUAUGGUGGAGUAUUCUAAGUGAACUUGCUUGUCUUACUGUCUGUAUAAGCUUGAUACUGUAAUAGCCUAGGAUUUUUAGGAGACAUUGAACCAUGAAUGUUGUAGCCAAUGGUUCAUCAUAUCUACUAGUAGACACGGAUGAGAUGAUGCCUCAUUUAGCUAUUGGUAUAAGACCAUCAUCUCUGGCGUAAUUGGGAGGAUCAUCUAACUUCCAGGGUUUCCGCAAGAUUGAUGCUGACAAAUGGGAGUUUGCUAGUGAGGGUUUCUUAAGAGGGCAUAGGCACAUGCUGAAGAACAUACAGAGGCGGAAAUCCACUCAAUCCAUGCAUGUUGGAAGCUCCUCUGGUUCAUCAAGUGAAACAGGUAAAAUUGGAGGUGAGGUAGAACAAUUAAGAAAAGACAGGAGCUUGAUGAUGCAAGAGCUAGCUGAAUUGCAACGACAACAGCGUGGAACAUUUCAACAUAUGGAGGCAGUUAAUGAAAAACUUCAAGCAGCAGAGAAUAGGCAGAAGCAGAUGGUCUCGUUUAUGGCUAAACUGCUUCAAAAUCCAGCAUUUGUAGCUCACCUGCAACAGAUGAAACAACAAAAAGAAAUCACUUCCCCAAGAACAAUGAGAAAGUUUCUGAGACAUCAUCAGCAGCAGGAGACAGGUAAGGCCAAUUCAUCCAUGGAAGGGCAAAUUGUGAAGUUUAGUCCUGAUUCACUUGACAUCUUUCCAUCUACUGAUACCCCAGAGCUCAAUCCUGUUUCACUAGAACAAUUUCCUGAACUCCAUUUACAAGAUAUACCCGCAGAUACUGGCAUGGAGUCCAUCAAUAUGCCAUCGCCACUUGGAAAUGUUGCACCCGUUGCAAUAGGUUGGGAUCCGGCACGUGGAAAUAUAGAUCCACUUCUCAGGGGAAAGGAUGUUGUUCCACCUGAGAUCAUCCCUGACUGUUUUUCCUCUUCUCCUGGAAUGGAAGGUAUGUUUGAAGACCCGGAUCCGUGGAGCAAGGCUGUUGAAUCUGAAGGUGGUGUAUCUUCCUCUUGUAGUGAGUUAUGGGGUAAUGUGGUCAACUAUGACAUGCCAGAGAUAGGAAUUAGCAGUGGAAUGUCGGAUUUCUGGAACCUAGAUCCUUUGCAUGGUCCCCAAAGUUCAGGUGUUGAGAAGUGGCAAGAGGAUGAGAAUCCUUUUAAAGAGCUCGAUGAGCAAGCUGGUUUGCCUAAAGAUGAUAGUUCAAAUAAUCAAAAUCCUUAGGUUUCUUAGGUUUCGUCAGUGAAAUCUUAGGUAUUCAGAUCCGGUUUCACCUGAUCUGAUGGGAUUGAAAUGGACAUUUUUUUUUAUAUAAUAUUUGAUUGUUAAGAAACUAACCUUUUGUCACACCUGCAGUUGACAAAUUAGACAAGUAGCAAUUUUUUAUUUUUUUGUUCUGGCUAACAUAUUGUAUAGAAGUCAUUUGUGCAGGUUUACAGUUCCACUGGACAGGAUGUAGAGACUUCUGACGGAUGGAAUGAAUUCUGCUACUCCAUGAAAAAUUUGUUUGCUAACUUUAUGGAUUGAAGAAUACUUUCCUUUGUAAAAGAUGUUAGUUUACAAUGUCCUGAUGUAACAUAAUCAUGAUGAAAACCGAGCGAUGAAGCUUAUAACGAUCAUUUCAUUUUAUAUUUUGACUCAUUUACAUUCAUCUUCUUGUAGUAACUAGUAAGCAAACUCACUCCUAAACCUCACUGUAGUCGUUUCGCAUGCAACUUGUGGGUUUAAAGCAAGAAAACUAAGCUCGCAAGCAAACAUUUUGCGAUUAACUUAAACAUAAUUUAACAACAUAUGUCUUUGAUCCGUAUAAUACAGAGGCUCAAAAACAACAGCUAACUACUGUAAAAUUCACAAGCCUACGCCUAUUUCAAGGGACAAAAUGGAAAAUAAAGUACAUAGAUCUGCGGCGAUACUCUUAGGGGCAUGGAAAUGUAUAGAAGAAAUAUCCAAAUCAGCAAAUCAGUCUUGAGAAACCAUCUUUUACAGUUUCAGCAGUCCCUCAGGAACAAAGAACAAGCCCCACUUAACUUCUUUGAAAGAACUUUGUUCAGAUAGAGAGACCAGCAAACAAUAACUCCAACUCCUCCUCCUGAGAUGCUGUUCGCUGCAAAAGAGAAGGGAAACGCAGGAAACAAGUCAGUGUUAUCAUAUUGUCCUUAAUUUCAAGCAAAAAGGCAAGACCAUUAUCGUAAUCAAACCACAAUUAACAAACCAGUUAAUGAUGGAAAUACUGCCUAAUGCGGAACGAGGGUGUAUUUAAUAAACACAGAAUCUGCUAUAUACAGUUCUCUCUGCUCUAAUUAAGAGCGACAGGAGGAAUUCACAAAUUAACACAGCAGAAUUUGCUUUGUCUAAUAUUUACAGGGAUUGGUGUGUGUUUUUUGGUCUAAUAUUUAAAGGGAUUGGUAAUCACAGCACAAGAGGGAGAAUGUGUAGGACAAAAACCUUCAAUUCUAUUUGUAACGAAUCAACCUAACAGUAAUGACAUAUGAUUUUGGUAGGAGAAAAAGGCUUUGAAAGGGACAGAUUUACCUGAAUGGAUAGGAGGUGAAGGAUUUUGUUCAAGACUCGCGAUCGGUGUAUCGCGUAAGUGCUGUUCGACGGAAGUUUGCUGAUUCUGGACAUCUCUUCAUGAACGGCUGCUUUUUUUUCUUCAUACCCCUUUUGAUUCGAUGAUUUCUCCACCAUCAUGGCCUCUCCUCCGGUGGCGGUGGCGGUGGCGGCGGCGGCGGCCUGAUCGAAAUUGAGGGCAGGUGUUGUGCUGCCCCUAAAUCCCGCGAAAGAAUCCAGUUUUGUUAGCUACCUGAUUUGGGAGUCUGCGUACCUUAGAAACAACACAAGAGAUUCGUCCCCAGGAGGAAGAAAAGCCAAGUAGUGGGAUAGAGAUAAUCAGGAGCAAGUAAGAUUCUACAGACAAAGAUUGCCGAAAGAACCCACGACCCGAAGCUGGCUUCUGUCUGAUUUGUUCUUUAAUAGAGUUUUGAUUUUUAUUUUUUUUUUCAAUAUUUGCUUCUUUACCUUCCAAAUAAACAUAUUUUUCAUUCCAAGUUUCCAACCAAAAAAACACAUACACCCAAAACAUUGAUGAUAAAAC